CGUCGGCGAGCGCCAUCAUUUAACGCGAGCAGCGCAUCUGGGUGGAGCUGUCGUAGUGUACAGAGCACUGAAGGCUGCUGGAGCUGUGGCCGGAAUGAGUGUGAUAGAUCAUGUACGAGACAUGGCUGCGGCCGGGCUGCACUCUAACGUGCGCCUACUGAGCAGUCUCCUGCUGACCAUGAGCAACAACAACCCGGAAAUGUUUUCGCCAUCCCAAAAGUACCAGCUGUUAGUAUACCACGCAGACUCGCUCUUUCACGACAAGGAGUACAGAAACGCCGUCAGCAAGUACACCAUGGCUCUACAGCAGAAGAAAGCAUUAACCAAGACCUCUAAAGUCAGGCCUUCAACGGGGAAUGCUGCUACAACGCCCCAAAAUCAGAGUCUCCCAUCAGAGAUUGAAGUAAAGUAUAAAAUGGCAGAAUGUUACACCAUGCUCAAACAAGAUAAAGAUGCUGUUGCCAUAUUGGAUGGCAUCCCUUCCCGACAAAGAACUCCAAAGAUCAAUAUGAUGCUAGCCAAUUUGUACAAGAAGGCCGGGCAAGAACGAUCUGCUGUGACAAGUUACAAGGAAGUGUUGAGACAGUGUCCUUUGGCGCUAGAUGCCAUUUUAGGUCUGUUGUCCCUUUCUGUAAAAGGUGCAGAAGUAGCCUCCAUGACACUGAAUGUUAUUCAGAGCAUUUCCAAUCUGGACUGGCUCUCUGCCUGGAUCAAAGCGUAUGCCUUUGUGCACACAGGGGACAACACCAGAGCAAUUAAUACAAUCUGCUCUUUAGAGAAGAAAUCGUUGCUGAGAGACAAUGUGGACCUGCUGGGGAGCUUGGCUGACCUAUAUUUUCGGGUAGGCGAUAAUAAAAAUGCCAUUCUGAAGUUUGAGCAGGCCCAGAUGUUGGACCCUUAUUUGAUUAAAGGAAUGGAUAUAUACGGAUAUUUGCUAGCUCGAGAAGGGAGGUUGGAGGAUGUGGAGAGCCUUGGCUGUAGAUUAUUCAAUAUAUCUGACCAACACGCUGAGCCUUGGGUGGUGUCGGGGUGUCACAGCUUCUACACAAAGAGACAUUCCAGGGCUCUGUAUUUGGGAGCCAAAGCAAUCCAACUCAACAGCAACAGUGUGCAGGCUUUGUUAUUGAAGGGGGCAGCUUUGAGAAACAUGGGUAGAGUGCAAGAGGCAAUCAUUCACUUUCGAGAAGCAAUCCGCCUAGCACCCUGUCGAUUGGACUGUUGUGAAGGGCUCAUUGAAUGUUAUCUGGCAUCUAAUAGUGUCCGGGAAGCUAUGGUCAUGGCCAAUAAUGUUUACAAGACUCUUGGAGCCAAUGCGCAGACACUGACUCUACUGGCAACUGUGUGCUUGGAAGAUCCAGUAACUCAAGAAAAGGCAAAAACCCUUCUAGACAAAGCACUUUUACAAAGGCCAGAUUACAUAAAGGCGGUCGUAAAGAAAGCUGAACUACUCAGCCGAGAACAGAAGUAUGAAGAAGGCAUAGCUCUGCUACGAAGUACUCUUGCAAAUCAAAGCGACUGUGUCCUGCAUCGUAUGCUGGGUGACUUCCUUGUUGCUGUGAAUGAAUUUCAGGAAGCUAUGGACCAGUACAGCAUUGCUCUCAGUCUGGAUCCAAAUGAUCAGAAGUCACUCGAGGGAAUGCAAAAAAUGGAGAAGGAAGAGAGUCCAACAGAUGCUACUCAAGACGAAGAUGUGGAUGACAUGGAGGGUAGUGGAGAAGAAGGAGACUUGGAAGGAAGUGACAGUGAGGCAGCCCAGUGGGCAGAUCAAGAGCAGUGGUUUGGGAUGCAGUGAGUUGGUACAAUAAAUGGAUGUAUGUGUCCUCCAAUUUUUUUUUUUUAGGACCUACAAUCCAUAUCCAAGCAAGAUGAUGCAGGAGCCAUAUGGAGUCAGACUGGUCAACUUUAGAAUGUCUUGUUAUGUAGAAAGUACAGUUUUCAUUUCUGCAUAGACAGAUGUAAUAGUUACUGGGGCGGUUGCAUUAUAAUGGGUAGGAUUUCUUUUUCUCAUUUUUAUGGGUUGAAUGAUCUGGAUGCAGAACCCCUUCACCUGGCUUAUAAAACUGAUUUGAGAAGAAAAUAUGCAUUUAUUGUUUUGUUCUCCCCCCCCCCCCCCCCCCCCCCCCCAAAAAAAGUAUAUAUUUUGACAGUGUCUGCAUUUGGUGAUAAGAGUUGUGGCUCUCCAUGGCAUCAUGUCUACGUAACGAUGAGGUAGAUGAUUUUAAGAUCUCUGAUCUGUAUAUAGCAGCCUGGGUGGAUUGAUGCUUUUUACAUAUUGAUCUGUCUCCUCCUUAAAAUGUAAGCAUGCAUCUUUUUUUUUUUUUUUUUUUGUUUAUUUGCGUAUCCUUGAGUUUUUAAAAUUCAGUGUCUUUGUGUAUGUACGUAGCAUAUGAAUAUUUUUGCUUGUACAUUUUCACGUGAGAUACAUGUUGGUGUAUUAGGAAUAGAAUUAAAAAGAACAAGGACUGUGCAGUUGUAUACAAUGUAUACCAGACAUGUACACCAGAAAGUUGCUUUUCUAUACAAUAAAAAACAACCUUUU